UGUGGCAGCCGAGGGCGAUCUGGAGGCGAUGGGGGGGACGAGGCGGAGGGCAGCAGCGUGGGCGCGGGGGAGGGGGAAAGCAUCAAGCAUUUCCCGUUAGCGGCCAGGCCCAAGUCCCUGCUGCAGAAGCUGCACGUCUCCUUCCAGGGCUCCUGGCUCAAGGAGUUCCCAUGGCUGCACUAUUGCCAGGAGACCGGCCUCAUGUCUUGCGCCUGGUGUACCGCCGCCGCCCCCGACAACAGCAUGGCUGGCGGAGGCGGUGCGGGGGGCCACGACGAACUUUGCAAGGGCACUCGCAACUACAAACGAACCCUGCUUCUCAGGCACCACCUCUCCGGUGAGCACCGCCUCAACGAACCGGUCACUGCAGAGCAGGAGUCAGAAAUACCAUCAGAAUUGACUAAUGAGGCAUUCUGCGAUUACAACAGUAGGCCAAAUGAAAACUCUUACUGCUAUCAGCUGCUGCAAGAACUAAAUGAACAGAGGAAGAAAGGCAUUCUGUGUGAUGUCAAUAUUGUGGUGAGUGGGAGGGUCUUCCGAGCUCACAAGAACAUUUUGGUUGCAGGCAGCCGUUUCUUUAAGACCCUGUACUGCUUUACAAACAAAGAAAGCCGUAACCAAACCACUGUUACUUAUUUAGAUGUUGUUGCUGUUCAAGGUUUUUCUGUCAUAUUGGACUUCUUAUAUUCUGGUAACCUUGUCCUUACAAGCCAAAAUGCCAUUGAAGUGAUGUCAGUGGCCAGCUAUCUUCAAAUGACAGAGGUGGUCCAGUCCUGCCGCAAUUUUAUUAAAGAUGCCUUAAAUAUAAGCAUUAAAUCAGAAGCUCCAGAGGCUGUAGUAGUGGAUUAUAACAGAAGAUCUGUUAGUCGAGAUGGCUUGCCUUCAUCAAGGGAUCAGAAGGUUGCUAGUUUCUGGGCAACACGGAAUCUUACUAACUUGGCAAGUAGUAUAAAAACUGAAAACGAUGGCUACUGUAUUGAUGAGGGCCAAAUUGAAAACUAUCAAAUGAAUGACUGUAGUUGGGUUCAGGACAGUUCACCUGAAAUGGCUGAAAAUGAAUCUCAAGGUGAAGGGAAAGUUUUUGUGUGGAAUGACGUGGCCUCACAGGGACAAUCCGUUCAAGAGCCAGGAAAAGCAAGAAGGAAAAACCAAACUACAAAGAGAUUUAUUUAUAACAUACCACCUAAUAAUGAAGAAAACUUAGAAGAAUGCUCAAUGAUGCAGCCAUCAGUCCCAUAUACAGAAGAUUUGCAGUUUAUUAAGGAAGAACCAGGUACUUCAAAUGACUUCAAGUAUGGAUUGUUGCCUGGUACUUCAAAUGACUUCAAGUAUGGAUUGUUGCCGGGUGCUUCAAAUGACUUCAAGUAUGGACUGUUGCCGGAAUCUUGGCCAAAAGAAGCUUGGGAAAAUGGUGAUUCAUCUGCUCUAAUCAUGAACAAACUGAAGUGUCCACACUGUAAUUAUGUAGCCAAAUACAGAAGAACACUAAAGAGACAUUUGCUCAUUCACACAGGAGUUAGAUCUUUUAGCUGUGACAUCUGUGGGAAGCUGUUUACUCGAAGAGAGCAUGUAAAAAGACAUUCCUUGGUGCAUAAAAAGGAUAAAAAGUACAAGUGUAUGGUGUGUAAGAAGAUCUUCAUGCUAGCAGCCAGUGUUGGAAUAAGACAUGGAUCUCGACGCUAUGGAGUUUGUGUAGACUGUGCAGAUAAAUCUCAACCAGGAGGGCAAGAGGGAGUAGACCAGGUGCAGGAUGCAGACUUCCCUAGAGAUGAAGAAUAUGAGGAAAAUGAAGUUGGAGAAGCUGAUGAAGAAUUAGUUGAUGAUGUGGAAGAACAGAAUGACCAGUCUCGAUGGGAUGAAUCUGGGGAAGUCUGUGUGCCUUUAGAUGACUGAAGGCAUACUUAAAAGGAUGCUGCAGUUGGACGCUAUGGAUUAACAAUUUGAGUUCUUUGACUGAAGGCUUGCAAAAUAUGGUACAGGCUGGAUGGUAGUUGUGUUGCUGUGAAAUUUGUAGGGUCAAAGCCUUAUAGCAAAAAAGGAUUAUUAAAUUUUUUAUGAUAUUUGCACAGGACUGUAAAGCAUACAACCAUUUGGUUGAAUUAUACAGAGUCCUCACAUCUAGUCAGUUAUCAAAAGAAAAUGUAUUUUUUAUUAUUUAUAGGAUAUAGCUACUUGGGUCCUAUUCAGACAUGGUAACUGUACUUAUUAUGUUACACAUUCAUGUAUCCGUCAACAUGAAUGAAGAAUAUUACAAUCUUGUUAUGGAAAUACAUGACAGCUUCCCCAAAUUCAAUCAUAGUUUCAGUGAACUGGUGAGGCUAAUUUGGGCUAGUGGCUCUUAUUUCCAAGAAUAGGGCUUUGCCAUACCACUCUUGCCUCCCCCUUACCCAUAAUGGUCUAAACUCCUCAGUAAUGUAAAUAUGCAGUAUAGAUCAUAUGAACAUGCUAAUUAAAUUGACUCAUCAGUUGGCUUUAAGCCUGCCUGUGGUCUAGGUGACAAGCACUGGAGUAGAUACUAUUGGUAUUAAUUUACUGACUUUAUUUCUUGACAAUUUUGAAUUUACAAGAGAGCGAUUUCUUUUUCACCAAAUGAGAAAUAAUCACACAAGGAAAAAUUAAUGCUAGGGAGGAUUGUGAUUUGAGUAUGAGUAACAUAGCAGAUUUUACUAUAUUAAACACUUUCUGGCAUUGCUGCCUGUUUUAAGUAUCUUUGUUGGCAUUAUUCCCUGUUGACCAUCUCUUCCCCCCCCCCCCCCCCCCCUUUAUCCC